AUGGCAAUGAUUGCCGACCACUACAAUCAGAUACAAUCGAAAAAUAUUCAACAAAAACAACAACAACAACAACAGCAGCAACAGCAGCAUCAUAGUAAUUCAAAUACUAACAAUAAUAACAAUAAUAACAAUAACAACAGACCCAAUAGGAUGCUCAAGAGAAAGAAAUCACCAAGGUCAUCUGGAAGUUCUCCAUCGUCAUCACCUCCAAGCCAUUCCGUGAUUUAUGAGACAACCGACAAGCCUCUAUUUGGUGGUGAUCUAAUCAACAACAACAACAACAACAACAACAACAACAACAACAACAACAACAACAACAACAACACUAGUAGUAGAAAUACAAGUCAACUAAAAAACAACCAAAACCAGCUAUACGAAGAAAAAAAAAAAAUAAAUAAUAAUAACAAUAACCAACAACAAACUUCAUCACAAUCACCAUCGACCGCUUCACAAACUACAACAACAACACAAUCAUCUAGUACCCGUAACAACAACAAUAAUAAUAAUAAUAAUAUUAAUAUUAAUAAUGAAUCGAUUGCUGUAGCUUCCGUCGGUAAUAACAAUAUCGACCAGCAGAAACCAACCGAGAAGAAGCUAGAAGAUCUUCAUUUGAAUUCAAGUCUAAAUUCAAUAGAUACCAAUACUACCACUGGUGGUGCACCCAACAGCAGCAGCAGCAGCAACACUGUUGAGGACCCAGCCAACGGUAAAACUUCACCAACCUCUUUGCCGAUGAAGAAGAAGCAAAAAGGAUUUUCUGACCAACAAAUCGUUGAGAAUCAACAACAACAACAACAAACAUCGUCCGAUAUGAAAUCCAUCAUCAUUGUCGAUGAUGUUCAACAACCACCAAGCACAAACAAACAAACAACACAAUCAUCUACAAAUAGUAUUUAUGAACCACAAUCAGUCAAUCUGAUACACCAAACAACAACAACAACAACAGCAUCACCAAAUACUAGCAACAACACCACCAACACCACCACCACCUCCUCCAAAACAAAUAGUAACAACGAUCCUUUGUCAUUCGCAAAUCAAGAUAAUGAAUUUAUACCUUUAUAUAGUAAUAAUGUACAAAAUCAACAACCAUUACCAUCUAACAACAAUCAACAAAAACAAGAAUCCGAACAAAACCAACUCAACCAUUUAAAUCAUAGCCAUCACAAAUCAAAUAGUUAUAAUAAUAAUCAUCAUGAAAACCAACAUCAUCUACCAUCAUUUAAUAACAAUGUCAACAAUCAUAGACUAUCAAAUAUGAUUCUCAACAAACAUAACAAAUACUACAAAACCAACGACCUUUAUAAACAACUGUCCACUCUGACACCACCGUUGUGGCUACAGGGCUAUUGCACAAGCGACGACCUUCCAAAUCUCGACCUGGAGAAGGAGAUCGAACUCUUUUACCAAUGGCUGGUUCCAACUCAAUAUGAAAACCGUAUGAGACAAAAAAUUGUCAAUGACAUCGAAGCUAUCGUAAAACAGAAUUGGCCAAAAGCAAAGGUUAUUGUUUUUGGUUCGUUUUCUACAGAUUUAUGUAUACCUUCGAGUGAUAUUGAUAUUCAAAUCUCUGGUAUUACCGAGGUUGCAUCAGGCAAUGGAAGAACCUACUCCAACCCAAUUAAUGAUUUAUAUAAUACACUUAGUAAGCAUCAUCAAAGAGAGUUUACCAACAUCCGUUUAAUAGCUGCUGCCAAAGUACCAAUCAUCAAAAUGGCGCACAAGAGUACUUGGUAUAAUGUCGACAUUUGUUUUGAUACUCCAAAUGGUAUCGAAAAUACAGAGAUCGUUAAACAGUUUUUAAGGAAAUAUAAAUCAAUGAAGAUAUUGCUGUUGAUUCUAAAGUAUUUUAUGUUCCAAAAUAAUAUGAAUGAGACAUACAGUGGCGGUAUUGGUUCGUAUGCUUUGGCUUUGAUGGUUGUCAGUUAUAUACAGUUAAGAUAUGCUUCGAUGGACCAAAGAGUGCACCACAAGAGAUCAAACUACCAACACGACAGUGAAAACCAUCGUCACGCAGGCAACGAUACCGACUAUGGAAAGAUGAUCCUCGACUUUUUCAAGCUCUAUGGUCAACUCUUUCAGUAUACCCGUCACGGUAUCUGUUUGAACAAUGGUGGCUUCUACUUUAAGAAAGGCGAGCAAUACGGUAUCUAUUUGACAAUCAGAGAUCCUCACGAUGCCAACAACGAUGUCGGUAAGAACAGUUUCAACAUCUCGUUUAUCCGUGGUGUAUUCUUCAAUGCCAUGCUCAAAAUGACAUCCGACGAACUCCUAAAGGAUAAAUACUCUGCCUUGAAGUUCCCCACUAUUCUGUCGCGUCUUAUCGAGGAGCGUCUCGUCGAACAACAGGCCAAGGACCGUAACAAUGUCAUUAAAGUAGCGAAGCAAUUGGAGGAAAUGGGCAAACUUCCACAGGUCACAUCGCAAUCUCCAAUACUCAGUGCCGCUGACAACAACCUUCAUCAACAACCACCAAUUGGUCAAGCCAACUCACCAAUUACUAUAUACUCAUCACCAACCAACAACUCCAACAGUAAUAACCACACUGAAUUUGUAAAUAUCACAUCCUCAUCCUCAGAAGAGUACUCUGAAGAUUCGAUUCACUCCAACGACUCUGGAUCAGAUAUCCAAAGCUCAUCCGAUUUCUAUUGUUCUUCUGCAGAAUCUGGUUCCGACUCUGAAUCGAACGAUUCUACCUCAACUAAUUCACAAGAUGAUGAUUCCAGCUCUAAUCAAUCCUCAAAUUUAUAUGGAUGGUAA